AUGGAGGCGGCGCUGCUGCAGAGCGUGGAAGCGGCGUGCAAUGACCUGCAGGUUCCUGAGAGGAGAGCAGCUGCGGAGGCAACGCUGCUGGAGCUGAGGAAAUCGCCCCAUGCAUUGCAAGCCUGCACUCACAUACUCGACAACUCUGGCAACGCAGUGGCAUGCUUCCAGGCAGCGGCCACGCUGCAGCAGGUGGUGCUGCGCGACUGGCCCCGCAUCCCCACCGCCGACCACACCUCGCUGCACCGGUACUGCUUGGACCACAUAGUGAAGCGGGCCGUAGCGAGGGAGGAGGCUGGGGGAGCGGGAGGGGGCGGGGGAGGCGAUGCAUUUGUGGAGCAGAAGAUGGUUGCUGUGCUGGCAGUGCUCGUUAAGAGAGCCUGGAUGGACGUGGACGACACCUACAAGACCGAUCUCUUCUCCUCCUUGAGGGACCUGGCAUCGGGGUCAAGGGGCCCUGCCGUGCAGCGAGCUGCUUUCUCUCUGCUCGACGCCCUUGUGAGUGAGUUCAACCCGGCAAGUGCAACGCCCCUGGCCUUGCCCUCUGACUUCCACAAUCGCUGCCGCAUCGCCUUCCAACGCCACUUCCUCAUGGCAGUGCUGAUGGUGUGUGUGGACGCAGUGGCAGCGCACAUGGCAGCAGUCAAGGCACAGGUCGAGGGCACUCAGGGGCAUGUGCAAGGGCAAGGGCAGGCUCAGGGGGGAGUGGUGUGGGGGCCCAGCAGUCAGGCAGUGGUGGCAGCGGCCCUGAAUGUGCUCAUCGCUGCGCUCUCUUGGGACUUCACUGGCGGCAGUGUGCGCACGUCAAGAAGCAAGGCCAACGACGAUGGCUCGCUCUCCACUGUUCGCUCCUCCUCUGACAUGCACACCGUGAAGCCGCCCGCCGAGUGGCUGCCGCUGCUGCUGUCACCGGAGCUGCUAUCGCUGCUGGCGUCUGUGUAUGCAGCACUGCCACACACGUGUGCCCCAGGGCAUGACUGGCGCGAGGGCCCCCUGGCAGAGCGCACGAGACAGAUGGCUGUGCUGCUCUGCUCCCUGCACGGCCCCGCCCUCACUGCUGCUGACCCAUCCCUGGUGAGCAUGCACGUGGGGCGCCUGCUCUCCCUGCUGCUGCAGUGGCUCUCCCCCCUGCCCGCCACUGUCGCUGCUGUUGCUCAGGCGCACAUCUCAGACAGGGAGCUUCUGGACGUGUGUAGGGCACUGGCGGCGCUCAUUCGCCUGCAUCCGCUCCUAGCCACCACCCCCGCACCUUCCCCACACGCCAGCGCCAACGGCUCUGCCAACGGCCCGUCGUGCCCCCCUACGCUGCUGGGGCUGGUGGGCGAGCUCACCUGUGCAGUGCUAGCGCACGGAGCAGCCAGUGACGACGACACUCUAGACGGCCCCAUGCCCCACGCCCUCGACAUGCUACUCGACACCUGGCUUGCUUUCCUCCUCACUCUAGAGUCACGCAUCUCGUGCCAUGUCAUCUCACAGCCAGCGUCGGCACCACACCAACAAGCAGCAGCAGCGGCGGCGGCAGCAGCAGAGUGGUCGCAACUCAUGCAUGCGGUGGCGCCAGUGGCAGCACAGGCCUUCCGCUCCUUCACCCAACACCACCUGCAAGCGGCGGCAGCAUCAGCGUUGGAGGAGGAGGAUGCAGAGGACAACAUGGAAGCCGCCCUCCAAGCUCAGGAGCAGCGCAUGGCAGCAGCGGCAUCGCUAGCACGAGCAUCCCUGCCAGCCUCCCUGCCACUGCUCAACGACCUGCUCUCCCACCAGAAGGCACUGCUGCUCAAGGCAGCAGACGCAGCAGCGGCAGCCGCAGGGGGCGGAGCAGGGGCGGCGGAGGGCGAGGUGGAGAGGGUGAUGGAGCAGGUGCAGUGGACGGUGCGCAUGGUGGGAUACGUGCUAGCGGAUGAAGGCACUGGGGAGACGCCUGAGCUACCAGUGUUCCUCGUGUAUGAGCUCAACUCACACCACGCCCAGUCGUUGACUGCGCUCACCACUUCCCUGCCCAUGAGCAUACUGGAAGUGGCAUCGCUUGUGCUCAACCCGUCUGCUGUCGCCACCGUGCUGAGCCCUCGACUCAUGGAGUCGCUCCUCUGGUUCUUUGCCCGCUGGUCGCUCACCUACCUCCUGCCGCAGCCCCCCGACGCCAACUCCUCUCCCUUUGACUCCGAAACCGACCCCCCGCCACUCUCCCCAGCCCCACCCUCUGUCUCUGCCUACUCCUCCCUCGCAUCAGCGGCAGCAGGGGGCGCGCUAGAGCAGGCGUUUGGAGCAGGGGAGGGGCAGGGGGGGCUGGCGGUACUGGAGGGGGUGCUGAGGGCGGGUGUGGCGGCGCUGAAUGUGUGGCCUGGGGAGCCGGACGUGCAGCGCAGCGUGUGCCGCACGCUGCUGCUGGCUGUGACACGGCACCCGUACAUGGCUGCUUUCCUCAGACACCUGCCCCCAUGGGCGAUGCUAGAGGAGGCCUUCAAGGCCCGGGAUUCCGCUGUGGCAUCCCUCCCCGGCCCCCUGCAGCGUGCCUUGGCGCAUGCGCUGUGCCGUGCAGCCAGCAGCAGCAAGGAGGGUCAUUCCUGCCAUCAGGUGGUGCAGCAGCUGCUACAGCCACUAUUGGCAUCACUGAAUGCAAUCACCUCCGCUCCUGACUUUGCAGCCACAGCACACCGCCCCCAAGUCAUGUUCCAGGUGAUAGGGGUGUUGGAGUGCAUGAGGGGGUGUGCCAGUGCCACCCUGCCGCACUCGCAGCGAGUGCUGUUCCAGUUCGGGCUGUCAGCAGGCACCCCCAUCCUCACCGCCCUCUCCGCCUACCGACACGAGCCGCAGGUGGUGUUUGUGGUGCUCAAGUUCAUGGCGGUGUGGGUGGAUUCACAAAUCCUCUUCCUCACACCUGACGACACGGCACAGCUCUUCCACCUCUGCCUGCAGCUGCUCGAAGCUUACGCCGCUCACAACAUGGGCAAGGUGUCGCUUCAGCGGUCGCGGCAGUUGAGCGAGGGCGUGAGGGAGAGCAAGUACAAGGACCUCAAGGCGCUGCUGCAGCUGCUCUCCUCCCUCACCUCCAAAGACCUGCUUGACUUUGGAGCAUCAUUACCGGGCCAGUCAGCAGAUGUGGCACAGAUGGUGUGUCUGGGUGUGAACAUCAUCAUUCCGCUCAUCUCUCUCGACCUACUCCAAUUCCCCAAGCUCUGCCUUCAGUACUUCACGCUGCUGGAGCACAUGUGCUGUGUGCACCCCGAGAAGGUGCUAGCGCUGCCUGAUUCCGCCUUCCACCCCAUCAUGCACACUCUCGAGUUUGGCCUGCAGCACCAGGACGAGGAAAUUCUGGUGCUCUCCCUCUCCUCCGUCUCCUCCCUUGCAUCACCCACCUCCUCUUCCUCCUCCUCCUCCUCCGCCUCAUUGGCCCCCGAGCACGUGCAGCGGCAUCAGGCCCUCGUUGCUCACCUCCUGCGCCUUGUGCUCCAACUCGUGCUGCUGCAGCCCCUCAGGAACGAGACAGUUGAAGCAGCAGCAGAUGCGCUCCUUCCUCUCAUCCUUGCCUGCCCUCAGCUCACCCAGACCAUUCUAUCUGAGGCAGUGUCAUCACAUGUGGACCCCGCGGGCCAACUCCACCUCUCCUCUGCAGUCUCGACAUUCCUCGCUGCGGCAUCAGCAGCAGCGGCAUCCAGUGCAUCAGCCACCUCUGCUGCCGCUGCCCGCCCAGUGCGCCGCCGGUUCCGCUCCGCUCUCGCUGCCUUCAUAGCUGAUGUGCAGGGGCUCAUUGUGCGCCGGUAA